AUGCUAUUCAGAACCUCAACAUUUGCUAUUUUUUUUCUUUUGACAGCCACCAUCCCCAGCCUAGUUGGUUCAAUCUGGAGAAAUAAUUUCGACAGAGUGUCCGGUAAGCUAAUGGAGAUGUAUGAAGCCAAUACCUGUGUGAGGUUCCUUCAGGGGGGAUAUUCUACAGACUCCCUUGUAGAUGCUCAGUCCUCUUUCAAUAGCCUCAGCCAGCAAUUGAAAGAUGUGAAGGAAAAGUACACCGAACAGCCUGCAUACCUUGAGGUCCUGUCCAUGGUCUUAAAAAUGAAAGUAAAGGCGUUCGAGGGCAUUCCCCCUUUGAAAAGAUCUGCUACCGUCGACAUGAAGCUGCUAUCAAGGGCCCUUUCUUUUGCCUUGAAAUUUAACCCGGACAGUGAUGCUGAUGAUGGUUACAGCAUCAAAAUAAGGAAUCACGGUGUCAAGAAUGACGGGCCUGCCGAUAUUUAUGUGGCCCACACCUUGGCGUCAUUGACCGAGAGCAACUUUCAGGCAGCUGAUAAGGAUCCUGUGAGUCGUUUUGAGGGUCACAAAAAACUGUACCAGGAGGGUGCAAAGACAUUUGAGUUUAUGGCACUCAUAUUUGGUGCCUGUAUUGGUCUCCCAGGAAUAAUGUGCCAACUUUUUAUGAUCUUUGGUGUUGGUCAACUGGUCAGAUUUUUUAUUCACCUGAUUAAGUUUUCGUUUGAUUUGGAGAUUCACCCUUAA